AUGUCCGCGCACCUGCAGUGGAUGGUCGUGCGGAACUGCUCCAGCUUCCUGAUCAAGAGGAACAAGCAGACCUACAGCACCGAGCCCAACAACCUGAAGGCGCGCAACUCCUUCCGCUACAACGGGCUGAUCCACCGCAAGACCGUGGGCGUGGAGCCGGCGGCCGGCGGCAAGGGCGUGGGGGCGGCCGACGGCAAGGGCGUGGUGGUGGUCAUGAAGCGGCGGUCGGGCCAGCGGAAGCCGGCCACUUCCUACGUGCGGACCACCAUCAACAAGAACGCCCGGGCCACCCUUAGUAGCAUCCGGCACAUGAUCCGUAAGAACAAGUACCGCCCGGACCUGCGCAUGGCUGCCAUCCGCAGAGCCAGUGCCACCCUGCGCAGCCAGAAGCCGGUGAUGGUGAAGAGGAAGCGCACCCGCCCCACCAAGAGCUCCUGAGCCCUGCCGGCCCCUGAGCAAUAAAGGGCAGCUCCCUGCCAACUCGC